AUGGCAGCAACAGAGGCCUCAGAUGGUGUAGAAUUUAUUGAGUCAGUUGAUUUGUUCAACAUGCUUCAACAAGGAAUUGAUUAUUCCUGCUUGAGUGAUACGAAUUAUCUGUAUUUAAUUGAUGCUAGAAAAAAAGCUGACUACAAUGAAAGUCACAUUAUCACAGCCAAACUGGCCCCAAGAAAGGAAGAUGGAACGUUUUUGAUUCCGUAUGAUGCAGAAAUAGAAUGCAAAAAGAAUAUCAUAGUGUAUGACGGCAAUACCGGUGAAAUCAUAGGACCCUCUGAGGCCAUUGAUUGUGCGUUGCUGUUUUGGAAAGUUGGAAGCAGGGGCACCAUUAAGAUCUUAAGAGGAGGUUACGAGGAGUUUUCUGCCUUGUACCCAUUUCUGAGGACCCAGAAAAUUCUGUACACUCCUAGGGAACUAGAUGAAAUCAAAACUUACCCACUGGAAAUAUUACCUGGCUUGUUGUAUCUGGGAAACUGGAGACAGGGGAAUUCCCCACAGGUCCAGAAAGAUAUGAAGAUACGAGGACACAUCAACUGCUGUGUCGAAGCAGAGACUAUGUUUACCGAACCAAACCCACAUUUGCUGCACAUCCAAGUAAAUGAUGACAACGAAGAAGAUUUGUACAGCCAUUUCAACGCUGCAUGUGCCUUUACUGAUUACCACUUUGAUGAGCUUUUCGCCGUGCUUGUUUUUGACACUAUAGGGAUCAGCAGGGCCGUCACCGUGGUCAUCGCAGUAAUCAUGUACACCAACAAAUGGACACUCAGUGAAGCCUACAAGCAUGUCAAGAAAUGUUGUAGUGCAAUGAGGCCAAAUCGAGGCUUCGUAGAACAGCUGUCACAAUGGGAGGAGGAUAUUUUAGGAAAGAAGAGAACAGAUAUUGCUGAUCCUAAUUUUUAA